AUGUUGAAGCUACAAAUCGCUACUGAACAGGAUCGAAAAGAAGCCCAAAACCGGGAGAGGCGACGGCAGUGUGAACUGGAAAGAAGAUCCAGAAUUUUUAACGCCCGAAACAGGAAAAUUGGCGUGGAUGUCCCCUUUUUGGAACGUCAAAGAGAAGAGAAGAGAGCGGAGGUUGAGGAGCAGCGAAGGAAAGAUCUAGCGUUCGCGCAGCAGAUGAUUAAGGACAGCAACCUCGCCGUCGUUCUAGAAGCUAGAGAGCGGGAGGAGCGUCGCCGCAUCGAGUUGGAGAUCAACGAGUACAGGCAGCGGUACCAGAGGCCAGAAGACCGUCGGGAGUUCGACCUCAACGACCCAGAGGUGCUGAAGAGGCAGUUGCCGCCUCGCGCCACGGAUGACCAGCCGGUCGGCAUGUCCAGCGCCCAGAAAUUCGAAGGCGAAGAUAUAAACUAUGAAGAGCGAAAGAAGAUAAUGGCUGCACAGAAGAACGCUUGGUUGGAGCAGCAAGUCCAAGAGCGAAAGGCAGCUGAAGAGGAACGAAGGAAGGCCGAAGAGGCAUACAUGAUGGCGAUUAAAUCGCGCGAUGCACGCGCCAGCGAGCUGGAUAAGCUGGAGAGGGAAUGUCGCUAUCGACUGGGACAGGCGAACUUGCGCUACAAUGAAGCCUUGGCGGCGGAAAGUAAGCAGUUGAAGCAGAUCAUGAAAGAGCAAGAGGAGGCAGACAACACCGCCGAAAUGUAUAACAACUUGACGUCCGACAUGCUCACAGAAAAUCCGGACGUCGCCAAAAGCGCGCUGGGCAAGAACAGAGCUAUCGGCUUCAUGUACAAAGGUAUGAACCAAGAGGAGUUGAAGAAGUUUUACGCGGGUCAGAAAGAACAGAUGGCUGCUAACAAGGCGAAAAGGGAUGCCGAGGACAAAAUGGAAGCGGAAUGGCAGGCUCUAUCAAAGUCCAUACAGUACGAAGUUGCUCGUCAGGACAUUCAAGACAGAAGGCUGCGUAGAGAGUUGGCUAAACAACUAAUGGAAGAAAACCAACUGUUGGCGAUGCAGCAAAAGGAAAAGGAGAAGUACUUCAACGAAGUUGUCUAUAACAACAUGCCGACUGACGAAUAUUAUGCCCAAUUUAAUACGACCACCAGA